CUUUUUUUUCGCAGACAACGCUGAGGAGCUUUUUGUUCUUCGACUUCGACCAGCACACAAUGUCCUCUUUUUUUACGGUCCCCGCCUCUCAGCGCAAGAGAAAAAGAGCGGAAAACGCCAAUUCGACUUCGAAGAAACGCAAUGUAGGCACGGACAGCGCUCCAUCCGCCAAAGCACCUCGCCGCGCACAACGGGAUGAAUCGAUAUCUGGGAGCGACGACUCAGACGAUGAUGGCGAAGCAGGUUUUUUUGAGGAUCCCGAUGAGUCCUCAGAAGAUUCUGAAGAUGAGAACGAAACUGCGGCGGAAAAGCGCUUGAGACUUGCCGAACGAUAUCUCGAGAAUAUCCGAAAUGAAGUCGAAGAUGACGGUGGCUUCGAUGCUGCAGAUAUUGAUAAAGAUUUGAUUGCAGAAAGGCUGAAGGAGGAUGUCGCAGAGACGAAAGGAAAGAUUUACAGAAACAUUGCCAAUAAACUGGAUUUCGACAAUGCACCUCACGUCAUGGGAAAAUCUGGUUUACAGAAGGCGAUAACAGGAUGUGCAUUGCGAUUGCCAUAUGCGUGGACUAUUAGCAAAGAUAUAGUUGUGGAGAAAUGGGAGGUUGCAGACCCAAAGAUGUACAACUCCACGGACCCUGGCCGACCGACCAACAUAACGCCACGACGGACGCCUAAACGACUAUUCUGGCGGAAAGGAAACGUGCACAAGAAAGGUGACCGAGACUUUCUUGGCCAUACUGGCGAAAUUAUAUCCAUUGCUGUAUCGGAUUCUGGACGCUUCCUGGCUACUGGAGACAGACAUGCCCGCUUGAUCAUCUGGGAUGCUGAAACUCUGACCCCCCGUAAAUUAUUUACAAGACAUCGCGAUGCCGUCACCUCCCUUUCUUUUCGCAGAGGUACCGAACAACUUUUUUCUGGGGGAGCGGAUCGUGCUGUCUUAGUGUGGAGCGCUGCAGAAUCUGCCUAUGUCGAAACGCUACAUGGACACGAAGACGCAGUCGCAGGGGUUGCAGGUGGUCUCGAAGUGAAUCAAGAAACUUGCGUCAGUGUUGGCUCGCGAGAUCGCUCAGCCAGGUUAUGGAAGGUGGUUGACGAGAACCAACUAGUCUUCCGUAGUGGUGGCACUGCAAGACAAAAAGGUAUGGAUAAACUGCGUCGGGACCGCUUUGGAGACAGGGGCAAGAAAGAUGAGUCCCGCACGCAAAAUGAAGCGACAGAUGCACAGGACCAAGAGGAGGAGAUCAUCAAUUACGCGGAGGGCUCUAUGGACUGCGUUGCUCUACUGGAUGCCGGACUAUUUGUUACUGGAUCUGACAACGGCGCACUAUCGUUGUGGUCUAUAAACAGGAAGAAGCCUGUAUUUGUUUUACCUCUUGCCCAUGGACGCGAUCCCUCGUUGCUGCCCGAAGAAAUGUCCGCAAACCACGAUGCCGCAGUCUCUGGACAGAAAGGGCCACGGCUGGCAAGAUACAUUACUGCAAUCGCUACUGUGCCGUUUGCAGACUUGAUUCUAACAGCAAGCUGGGACGGUUGGGUGAGGGCUUGGCGUGUGAGCGACGACAAGCGCGCAAUCGAGCCUGUGGGUAAGGUUGGAAGGGUUCCUCUCGAAAAUGAUGAGGAUGGAAUGGCCAACGGUAAUGGUCAUGAUGGAGAGAACGGUGUUCUUAUCCGAGGAAUCGUAAACGGACUCUCUGUACAAGAAAGAGGUGACCGUGGCCAAGAUGGACUUUGUGUCGUAGCUGCUGUGGGCAAGGAGCCUCGACUAGGACGAUGGAUGGCUGGUAAAGUGCCCAACGGCAUCUACAUCUUUGAGAUUUCGAAGAAAGCUGUUGCCAAUGGUUUAUCAGAGGACGAGGAGGAUGAGGAUUAA